AUGUCAUCAGGAAGUGAAGCUUACUCGGAUCAGCAGCAGAAGGCCAGUGGAGCACACGAGGCCGUGCUGGAACAUGUGGCCGCCCAGAACAUCAUGCUAGCAGAGGCGGCUCUAACGCACUUCAACGCAGAGAACCCAGAAGAAGAGUACAUGCUCGUUACCGAUGAUGGUACAAAGGCGCCAAUAUCUAGGGUCUUUGUUCACGAUGGACCCUGGUUCCACUGCAACUUCAGUGCACGGGCUAAGAACGACAACGGCGGCAACAGAGUGGUGCAGUUCUACGCCGAGAUCUUUUAUGCCGAGACGCCUCGUGUGAUGAGGUGCUGCGUCCUGACCAAUGUAGCAGAGUCAUAUCCGGACCGCACUUGUGGAUUUUGUGGAGGUAAUGCGAAAAGAGAUGGAAUACUUCACCCUCCUGAUGUUCUGGGUUACAAGAACUGGUUAGGUUUAGCCAAUGGUGUGGACAGCUUCAUGAGGCAUGUGCAUAAAAAGCCGGACCAUAGUCGACGCAGACCUAUGCUCGAACAGUUCCAAGAGGUGCGAAUAUAA